ACGGAUCAGUGACAUUCCAAGCGUAAAUGUUUAGAAGUUAUAUCUGUUUCCGGUUUGGACUAUCGACAAAUUUAACUUGACCCAAGGCCUGUAAUAAUUGCUUUGUGUAGGAUAACACUGUCAUUUUGAAGAGCCGCUGACAUCGUAAUAUAAGGAUGUGAGAUUGGAAUGACCCAGACGAUACCUAUAGAGGUCAAUAUGCUGCUCCUGUGGUACAGUUUACUGGUCCCCCUGACCACAGCCUCCUUUGUCUACAAGCCAACUACUGCUAUACGAGAAAGUUCAGCCCUGGUAUGCGAAAAUAGCCUGCUUCUGCUGGACUGUGAAAAGAAAAAUGGAGUCAUUCGCAUCUCAAGAGCAAACUAUGGAAGAUUUAGUUUGGGGACUUGUAACAAUUUAGGUGCAACUGAUGGAUGGAGUGUGAAUUGUAUGGAGCCGGAAUCCAAAAGAAUUGUAGCAGAAAGAUGUGAUGGUCAUCCCAAAUGUAACAUUACAGCUUCCAAUGAGGUUUUUGGAGACCCAUGUGUUAACACGUUUAAGUACCUACAGGUUUACUACAAGUGUGAGCCCAGAAAGAUCACACCACCACCCCCAUCCACCACUAAAACCCCCACUACAACCACCACCAAUGUAACUACAACAACCAGAAAAGCCACCCCCAGCACUCCACUGAGGCGUGUCUGUGAUGCAGUGUAUGUUGAAGGAAAGAAUUGGCCAUAUACCAACGUGGGAGAUGUGGCAUCCAUGAAAUGCCCAAUGCCAAAAGUGGGCAUCAUGACCUGGAAAUGUACAGGGUCAGGCUGGCAGGGGGAGAAGCCUGACGACUCCAAAUGUCAUAUUCCUGUUACAUAUGCUCCCUCCAAAAUAACAACCACCCCAAAGAUACGAUUCUGUAAGGAAACAGAGAGCCAAGGGGUGAUCUGGCCCCAGGUGAGGGUAGGGACUGAGGUAGAGAGGCCUUGUCCUGAAGGUAAACUCGGAGACAUGAAAUGGAAAUGUACGGGGACAGGCUGGAAGGGCAGACAACCUGAUACAAGUAACUGUGUGUCACCAUGGCUUAACAGUAUUGAUGAAAGAGUAAACUCCAGUGCUAGUAGUAUAGAAGACAUUGCUGAUCAGUUGAAGAAGCAGACUGACAGCCACAGCCUGGGGGCCGGGGACCUGGAAAAGAUGAACAACAUCAUCACUAAAAUGGGACAGGGAUUUAAAAUCUCUGGAACUCCCAACAAGGAGGAAAAACGACAAAGACUGGAAAAAUUCACAAAGAAUAUUGCGGAGACAGGAAGUAACGUUUUGUCUGAGAAGCAGUCCACUUCAUGGGAGGAGCUACCAGCAGACAAAAAAACAAAAGUGGCUGCUUCCUUCCUUGUUUCCAUGGAAACAACUGGAUUCAACAUUGCAGAAAAUUUUAAAGAGGAAGAAUCCAUUGUUUCUUCUACUGAGAAUUUGUUUAUGGAGGUGUCAGCAGUCAAAGUCACGGAGGACAAACCAGCAGUGACCUACCCCUCCUCCAGGGACCAGAAGUGGAGGGAUGACCAAAUCACAAUACCCAUGGAAAACAUAGAAGCCCUGUCUGAUGGAGGAAUUACCAAAGUUGUUGUGUUUGUUUACCAGAAUAUGGAGGACCUGAUGACGACGCAAGAUAAUACUUCCUUUAUAAAUAGUCACAUUAUGUCAGCCUCCAUGUCUCCACACACUGUCAUUCUCAAGAAACCAGUGACCUUCACCCUUAAACUCACAAAGGCUGUUCAUGGAUCACUGACCCCUGUUUGUGCUUAUUGGGAAUUCAGAGACAGUGAGUGGUCAACCUCAGGUUGUUGGAGGGUGACCUUUAACCUCACACACACGACCUGUCGGUGCUCCCAUCUCACCAACUUUGCAGUGUUGAUGGAUGUCACAGGUACUCAGUUAUCUGUGGAACAUGAGUUUGCUCUGAUGACAAUCACUUAUUUUGGCUGUAUCAUCUCCAUCAUCUGUCUUCUCCUCAGCUUCAUCACUUUCUUCUACUUCAGAAAUCUGCAGUGUGACCGUAACACGAUCCAUAAGAAUCUGGUUUUGUCUUUAAUGCUGGCAGAAAUUAUCUUUGUGAUUGGCAUUUCCCUCACUCAGAAUAGGAUUGUGUGUGGAGUAGUGGCAGGCGUUCUUCAUUUCUUAUUCCUUGCUGCCUUUGCCUGGAUGUGUUUAGAGGGAUUCCAGCUGUAUGUGAUGCUGAUUGAGGUGUUUGAGGGUGAAAGAAGCCGCAGGAGGUGGUAUUAUCUGUUUGGUUAUGGUAUCCCCUUAGUUACCGUUGCUGUGACAGCAGGUGUUAAACCGUCAGGAUAUGGAACAGAGAGACAUUGCUGGCUGGACACUAGUGCUUCAGUGAUCUGGAGUUUUGUUGGCCCAGCACUGGCUGUGAUUCUGUUUAACAUUGUUAUGUUAAGUAUUGCUGUGUACAUGAUGCACAAGCAUGCAAAUACACUGGCUUUAGCCAAGGGGAGAUCCAAAUUCAGCAGUGGAAUUCUACGGGAUCCAAAUUCAGGAACAAGUCAGAGCACCACAAUGUCUGAGGAAAAAGCUCGCACUGCUCGACAUAUCCCGUCUUGGGUGAAGGGAGCUGCCAUUUUAGUGGUUUUACUUGGUCUGACCUGGGCCUUUGGUGUCCUGUUCAUCAGUAAGGAGUCGGUAACAAUGGCUUACGUGUUCACAAUCCUGAACAGCUUCCAAGGAUUGUUCAUCUUUGUGUUCCACUGUCUCAUGAAUGAAAAGGUGAAGAAGGAAUACAAGAAGUUUGCGUACAAGUCGACAUGGUUACCAGAGUGUAUGAGAGCAUACUGUCUUGGAUACAGUAAUGCGUCAACUUCACACACACCCAACAAUUCCUCAUCAUCAGGGGGGUACCUGCUCAAACUCUGGAGUGGCAGACGACGGCGAAAGUCCUCCUCCUCCACACUGGAUAAAUCUGCUAAAGGUAAAAAGAGGAUCAGUGAGCCACGCAGUGAUUCCUCUGUUUUCACUAGCCACGACAUGAACACGCCUAUUGUCAGGCAGUCUGCUUCAAAUGGUCGUCAGCCAAAUAUGGAUUCUAAUGGGUAUCUCCAGCCCUAUCCUGAGUAUGAGGCAAUCCUAGGGGACCUAUCAGAAGUUAACUGUUCUGUUAUUGACAGUGAAUAUGUGUCAGAGUACUGCCAGAAUCAUCUACAGGUUUCCAAGGAAACCAAUGAUUACUCAUCGGAGUCGGACAAUGAGGAUGUUCAGGACCAGCCAGAGAAGAACCGUCUCUCCAUCUUGUCGAAGGAUUCUGCUGUGAAGUAUGACUCUGAUUUUAACCUCUCCCACCAAAACAUCACUGAGACUGAAUUUCUUCUUGAGAAAAGUGUGUCGGAGAAAAACUUGAUUAACAAAGCUCAAGAUGAAAAAAGUCGCAUUAAUUGUGACAGUUUAGGCAAAAAAAUUUAUCCUGGAUCAUUUUCCGAGAUUCACGGAUACCUCUCGGAUGGAGAGGAAUUGAACCACAGCAUGCCGCUGAUUCCCAGCUUGCCACAUUCCCCGGGUACUCCUCUCCCCCAGGCUGGGAGUCAGUCCAGCCUUACCUAUCUUCAUAUUGAGGAGGAAACAUUCUCUGGGGACAAAAACAAUAAUUCCAGUGACUGCUAGUGACACACAAGCCUUUGUAGCAAUUACUGGUGCUUUGUUCAUGUUAUAUCCUGCUUUGGUAGCCAUUAGAUACGUGUGUAAUAUUUUUUACAUUUUUCAUGAGAAAUUUUUACAUUCUUUGAGAUGGCAACUAAUGUUUCACUAGAGUACAUGUUGCAUUUGCAUAUUAGAAGCAGGCUAAAUGGCAGCUUUUGUUGUGUGUGCCAUAACAUCAACAGGUGUAGGGAGUAGAAAACUAUGUCAGGGGACCAACAAAUUUUAUUUUCUUAAGUUUGGAAUCAAUAAAGAAAAAAAUUCUCAAAGAAUGCAAAUAAAAAGGUGGGCAGAUAAUAAUAUCACAAGUAAUAUUGUUUUCUUUUAUAAGUUUCGUUUUCAAUCCAAUUUUGAGAGCUUCCUAAGAUGUUACCAAAGAAUUUGUUGGAUAUUGAUUUUCACAGAUGCCAAAGAUGGUGUAAAGUUAUGGAUGGUUCUAUUUCUGAUUGAUGCAAACAUUCCCAUCAUCAAACUUACAGUAUUUAUAAAAAUCAAUGGUUGUGACUUUAUCUAUUGUAUAUCUUAAAUGUUAUUUUGUAUUGAUUGUUAAUUUACUUAAGAAUCUAUAUGUAAAUGUCAUUUUUUCUUAGAUUUAUUUUGUGAAAUGAUUCUUUACUGAGGUACAUGUGACUGUCUGCUCAUUGAUUCAUUACAACUACAGGUACAAUAUCAAAAUCAGUACUUUGGAAGGGUAUUGAAACCAGUUUAAGAAAGUAAUUAAAGCAGACAGAAAUAAAUUGUAGACUACAAAUAAGAGGCAUAAAGAUUUUCCUGAAAGUUUAAAAUUUCAGCUUCAUUGGUUAGGAGCCCCAAAAGCUCUGGCUUACAUAUUCCAAUGUUAUAAUGUUAUAUUUGAAGAUGGAAAAAUAAUUUAAUAUUGUGUAUUAAUCAUUUUAGAAAUUUCAAAAACAAUUUUCAAUGAAGCUUAAAAUAGGAUUUUAAAUCCUGACGCUCAGCAUUUAUGAAAAAUAGAAAUCAAUGUUUUAUUGUUAGACUUUAAGCCAGGGUAUAUCGCCAGUAUAUUAUUUAACAGAACAGUCUUCACAAUAUUUUGGUGUCUGAAUCUCACUGUUUUUUUUUGCUCAGUGUUUACCUUGUAAACAUUCCAGAUUGCUAACACAUGCACAGGCAGACGAAGCAUAUGUUCUGUCAAUUAAUUAUUGCCUAUAAGAGCAUAUUGUUUAUGAAGAUUUCACAAAUAUUGUUUGUUUUUAAGUAGGGCCACUGUUUUAUUGUGAUUAAGUAGUACGUGAAUCUUUAUGAGAAGUGCCUUAAUCAUGUUGAUUGAUGUACAUGUAUGUAUGUUUUGUUUAAAAUAAAGAGAAUUCAAAUACA